AAGAUGCACACUGCAAAGUGGGCAUUUUUUAUUCUUUCCAUUUAUCCUGGAGUUAUUGAAGUUUAUGCUUCAUCAUGGACGGCUCAGGUUCCAGCCUCAGUCACGGGUCUGCAAGGAUCCUGUGUGGUGAUUCCCUGCUCAUUCAGCUACCCAGAACCAACAACCAAGAUCACUGAAUUCAUUGGGAUUUGGAUGGAGCAGUCCGAGCAGACAAAAAUUGUUUACCACCCAAAUGACGACCAAGUGAUGCAGGAGUACCGUAAACGUACCGAACUAACUGGAGACCUCACGAAGAAGAAUUGUUCAUUAAAGAUCGACUCCCUCAAACUCAAUGACAGAAAAGAAUUAUAUUUCAGGAUAGAAAUUAAAGACUAUGAUGGAUAUUCCUACAAAGAAAGCAAAGUCUCACUCUCGGUGAUAAGCGCACCCGAACCCAUUUCAUUUCAUGUGAAAGAGGAGGCAAUAGCAGGAGAAACUGUGUCUGCCUCUUGCUCAUUAUCCUAUUCCUGCCCAAGUGAUCCUCCUGCUUUUUCCUGGAGCCACUCUGGAGAGGUGACUGUCACAUCAGAGGAACUCAGCAAUGGCAUGUGGAAACUGACAUCACAGCUGACCUUUAAAGCCACCAUUGCAGACCAUGACCAACUUUUAGGCUGCAAUGCAAAAUACAGGGGAGGGCAGGAGACAAGCAACUCCACUGUUCUCAAAGUAAAAUACCCGCCAAAGAUUAAAGUGGGCUCCACCUGCUCUGCAGAUAACUCUACAAUUAUCUGUGUGUGCCUUGUGGAGUCUAAUCCUCCAAGUAUGGUCCAUUUCUCUCUCGUUGAUGGGACCCUGCGUAGUGCUAAGGUGGAAAGACAUGGCUUUCUUACCAUUGGGAUGCUGCAAGGAGAUCUAAGGUCAUCGAAUCUUGUUGAAUGUUUUGCAAACAACACCCAUGGCAAUGCCACCCUGACACUCUCUAUACCAAGAAACGAUUACAUGGUAGUUGCGUCUGUUGCCAUUGCGAGUGGAGCUUUUGUGGUGAUCGGGAUAUUUACGGCUGUGAGAGCGACUAGGAAAUGCAGUAGAGAGCGUCCUGGUGAUGCACUUGCGUCCAGCAUGCGAGACCAGCACUCAGCCAGAGCUACAGGAAGCCGAAGGGAAUCCUCAGCAGCACGGAAACGGAAUGACCGCUGUGUUGAUAAAUAUUUUAACCCCUAUACCAACGAGGGUGUAUAUACCAACGAAGAGGCUGUGUGUGCCGAUGGUGAAGCAGUGUAUGGCAACGUUUAACAUGAACGAGAAACCCACGGAAUAAUCAUCCAAACUGUCGGGAGUCUUCUGCCCCCCCCCCCCCCCCCCAUGGGCUGAAUCAUGAAUACAAU